GCCAUUGCCGGCAGUGCCUGGAGACUGAGGAGGGGUCUUUGGCCACAGGCUCUCCGGGUGAAGAACCUCCAGGGCUCUCUAGUCUCUGGCGGCACCGACUUGUCGGCGAUUUCUGCUGUUGGGAAGAAGGGAAGGAAAAGUGAAAAGACUGGUUUUCUGCUGCCUGGAAGAUCAUGAAAGAUUCUAAGCACAGUGUUCUGAGAGAAAGCUUCCCUGGACUCUUGGUUUCCUAAUGAUGUCUGAGCAGGACUGUUCUUCAGAAUCCCACCAUUUCUGAGUUUCAGUAUCACCAAAGUGCUGCCCAACCUUGAAGAAAAUACUGUUUCUCAGCUUGAAGCAGACCUGUUUGUGAAUCUUCACUCCCAUUUGCUGAGCUACUGGAGUUCUGUUCAGGAAGUUACUGUCUAUGCCAGUGAGUUUUUAUAACGGAAGUACUGUGACUUGUGGAUACACCCUUCAAGAAUUAAACUAUUAGGAAAUGGAUCAACCCUGCUUGUUAAGUGAGGAAGAACAUGAUCCAGAACCACAAAAGAGCUUAAAAGAAACUCAACAGAUAGAUGAUGAAGAUGCUGAACUGAUCUUUGUUGGGGUGGAACAUGUAAAUGAAGAUUCGGAGCUUAUCUUUGUUGGAGUAACUUCAAAUUCUAAACCAAUCAUCUCAAACAUUUUGAACAGAGUAACUCCAGGUUCUUGCUCAAGGAGAAAAAAGUAUGGUCGCCUUAGAAAGAAUACUUACCGGUCACAGCCUACAAGUCUUAUGGUCCCUAGAUCAGACACAGCAUCUCGAUCUGAAUCAAGAUCAACAGAUAGUCCCAUUAUUAUUGAGCCUUUGCCUAAUGCUGAUAAAAAUAAUUCACCACAAGCUUCUCUAUCCAAACCAAGAUCAACAGAUAGCCCUAUAGUUAUUGAAACUUUGUGUAAUCCUGGUAAUUUACCACCGGCCCCUCCAUCCAAAUCAAGAUCAACAGAUAGCCCUAUUAUUAUUGAGACUUGGUGUAAUCCUGGUAAUUCACCACCGGUGUCUCCAUCCAAAUCAAGAUCAUCAGAUAGCCCUGUUAUUAUUAUUGAGACUUUGGGUAAUCCUAAUAAUUCACCACAGGCAUCUCCAUCCAAAUCAAGAUUAACAGAUAGCCCUAUUAUUAUUGAGACUUUGUCCAGACCUGAGUAUAAAAAUAAUUUACUACAAGCAUCUUUAUCUGUAGCAAGAUCAACUGAUAGUCCUAUUAUUUUAGAGCCUUUGUCUAAAUCUGAUUAUAGAAACAAUUUACCACAAGUUGUGCCUGUUAGUUCCUCAGAGUUACAUUCUCCUUUGGUUACAUUCACAAGUUCAUGGCAUCAGCCUGGUAGAGCAACGCUUUCAGUAGAAGGUGUGAACGAAAGUCCUUGUGUAGCAAAGCAAUGUUCUUCUGAGGUUAGUAGCCUGAAUCCCCAAACACUUGAGUUCAGUGAUGGACACACAGGAAGAUAUUCUUCAGCUUUGUCUCCUUCAGGUGCUUUUCAUAUAGUAAAUCCUCACCAAAUUCCACCCUCAAAUGGUAUUCAUGCCUCAUUAAACCAUCUUCAAACUGGGGCAUCUUUUCCAAAAGACAAUGUCCAUUUCAAGCCUCUGCAUUUAAAUCCUGGUAGCAAUAAUGUAUUGGCCAAACCAGACUUUGCAAACCUUGAAAGUCCAGACAAUACCUCUGAUCCCAAUAAAGGAAAUCUGGUUGUGUUACUUAGUGACUUCUAUUAUGGACAGCAUAAAGGAGAUGGGCAGCCAAAACAGAAGACUUACACAACUUUUAAAUGCCUCAGCUGCUUGAAAGUUCUAAAAAAUGUGAAGUUUAUGAAUCAUGUGAAACGCCAUUUGGAAUUUGAGAAGCAAUGGAGUGACAGCUGGGAAAACCCCACCACUUGCCAGCACUGCCAUCGGCAGUUCCCCACUCCCUUCCAACUAGAGCGUCACAUUGACAAUGUGCACACUACCCAGGAGCUAUCUACUGUCUGCAGAAUCUGUGAGUUGUCAUUUGAAACAGAUCAACUUCUCUUAGAACAUAUGAAAGAUAAUCAUAAGCCUGGGGAACUGCCCUAUGUGUGCCAGGUUUGCAAUUACAGGUCAUCGGUCUUUGCUGAUGUGGAAACACAUUUUAGAAAGUGCCAUGCAAACACUAAGAAUUUGCUUUGUCCUUUUUGUCUCAAAAUUUUCAAAGCUGGAACACCAUAUGUGUGUCAUUUCAGGGGACAUUGGGAAAGGAAUGUUCACCGGUGUUCUAAAUGUCGGCUGCAGUUUUUAACUUUCAAGGAGAAAAUGGAGCAUAAGACUCGGUAUCACCAAAUGUUUAAGAAGCCGAAACAACUGGAAGGAUUGCCUCCUGAGACAAAAGUUGUUAUUCAAGUGUCCCUGGGACCUGUUCAGCCAGGAUCAGAAAAAGUAGCAUCUAUCACUGUGAGCACAACUGAUUCUGAACCAUCUUCUCCCAGUCCUAAAAGUAAAAAAUCAAAAAACAAAACAUUAACUCCAGUGUUGGUUAACCAAAAGCAAGUAUUCCCAUCUAAAUAACUCCCUUAGAAGCAAAAUAUACAAAUCAUAUAUUAUUCAAAGUACCAAAAAUGUGAAACUCACGAUUUACUUGAGGUUUUUUUUUUUCUUUUAAAUUUUAAAUUCUUUUAUUUUCCAGUGCUGGGUAUGAAUCUAGAGCCUUGUACAUGCUUGGCAAGUGCUCUACUACUGAGCCACAUUCCCAGCCUCUGCACCAUUGUCUGAUUUAAUUUUGAGGUAUUAUUUAAGAUGUUACUUGAUUUUAUGUUAAACUGUCUGGUUUACCACAUGAAAGGUGCCCAUGUAUGUUUGAGUGAGAGGAAAAACCAAAGUGGAAACUUAUUUAUUGUUUUGAUAUUUCAUGCUCCUCCUAACCUGGAACACACUCUUGUCUACAUAGAGAGGUUUUUUUUUUAGGGCUUUUAAAAAUAUUUGAUUUUAUUUUCUAUUUUUCCUGUGUAUUACCGAUUUCAUUAUUAGCACUAGUCAAACUGGAAUGGCUUUGUUAUGGCCUGGACUAUUGGUUUAUAAACUCCCAGAAGUGCCUCUUCUUUGCUGGCCAAAAAAAAAUCACUGAGUUCUAAGAGUCCAUGUUGGAUUGAGGGAGAAGCUGUGAUAUUAAUUGAUAUAAGGCAAAUACAUGUGGUCAAGAGAAAGUAAUGGCUCCUUCUAUCAACUGAAGGAUAGGUACAGAUUCACUCGAGUCUUACAGAUGAGACAGAAGAAACACUC